AUGUUAGUUGGACGCCUCAUCUACCUAUCUCAUACCAGACCUGACAUUGGUUUUUCAGUUAGUGUUGUCAGCCAAUACAUGAACAAUCCCACUGAAGAACACAUGGAAGCUGUUACUAGAAUUUUAAGAUACCUUAAGAUGAAUCCUAGGAAAGGUCUUCUAUUUAAGAAAAGUGAUAGCAGAGAGGUCAAAGUCUACACUGAUUCAGACUGGGCAGGAGACGUAACAGAUAGGAGGAGUACUUCAGGAUAUUGUUCUUAUGUUUGGGGUAAUCUAGUGACUUGGAGAAGUAAGAAACAAUCAGUGGUUUCAAGAAGUUCAGCUGAAGCAGAAUUUAGAGCUCUUGCUCUAGGUGUUUGUGAAGGGAUUUGGCUAAAACGAUUACUGAGUGAACUACGACUAUUUGCAGGAGAGUCCAUUAAAAUGCUUUGCGAUAGUCAGGCUGCUAUUAGUAUCGCUAAAAAUCCUGUUCAUCAUGACAGGACAAAACAUAUUGAGAUAGAUAGACAUUUCAUCACUGAGAAGAUUGAAAAUGCCACAAUUCAAACUAUCUAUACUCCAUCAAGACUGCAAACAGCCGAUGUUCUUACCAAAGCCCUUCCCAGAACUGUCUUUGAUGAAUUAGUGUGCAAGUUGGGAAUGUUUGAUAUACAUUACCCAACUUGA